AUGCAAGUCACACGAUCAGCUCAAACGUUUUCUUCCAGUGCCCUUCGUUCAGCAGCAUCAACAUCUUCCAUCGGCCGAAAUGUACACCUGCGAUUUAGAUCAGCUCAAACAGAUAGAUAUCUUACUAUUCGCGAUUUCUUCACUCGACAAGGAUCUACCUCCACUCGUAAUCCGCGCCAAUCCUCUUCUCCCACUGCUCUCUUUCCACAUAGGCAAAGAUCGGUGCUUUCACGUCGGUGGGCUUCAACGGAAGAUACCAAAGCUCCUUGUCCGAAUUGUCAAGGAUCAGGUCCCAACACAAACGCGAAUACUCCUUUGAUACCUCCGAUACCACCACCAUCACCACCAACAAACCAUGGACAUGCCCAGGAUUACGCACCUUUCAUUAGGAGACUGAUACAGAAUUCAGGAGCGAUAUCGACGAACUCACCUCAUAGACCUACAAAAGAGGAGUUGUUGAAUGCUGCGAGUGGAUGGUGGCAGCGAUUCAGAAUCAGAAUGAAAUGGUUUACUAUCAGAGGUUGGAGAAGAUUCAAUACAGAUGAUUUGAGCGCUUUUGCAAGUUGGUUUGUCGUUGGUAACACAUUGUGGAUUCUGGUUGGAACGACUACUUUCGUAUCCGCAGUCUUCGCUACACUCAAUUCGCUCUCUUUGCAGGAGUAUGUCGCUAGAUGGAUCUCAGACUAUAUGACGUAUAACACUGGAGUGACUGUAAUCUUCGAGUCAGCCAUCGUUCCAAAAUGGGCUUCAUCCACUAUCGUGUUCAAGAAUGUGUAUCUUUCCCGUCGUUCUAACCCCAAAGAGGUACAACCAGAUAAUCAAAACGCCAAGUCGACCAAGACAGCCACUGCAAAGCCUCCAUCACCAAUACCAUUCCUGUCUUCAGCGAUAUCUCCAGAUACAUACCUCGCUCCUCCGCUAGCAGGUGAAACGGAUAAUUAUACCAUGUAUGAUGUCAAUAUAGAUGAAGUGGAAGUUUCACUCAGUUUAGCGAGGUGGUUAGACGGGAAAGGCUUGAUUAAAGAUGCGAAAGUCAAAGGUGUGAGAGGUGUCGUCGAUCGCCGAUCGGUAUGGUGGGACACUGCUAAGCCCCUUUCUCCUGCUGAUUACCGCCAUGAAACUCAUACUGGAGAUUUUGAAUUCGAUUCUUUCCAUAUAGAGGAUGCCUUGAUCACAAUCUACCAACCUGGUGGUCAGAGACCCUACAACGUAUCCAUUUUCAGUGCUGCUAUUGGGCCAUUUAGAAAACGAUGGUUGUUUUAUGACCUAAUGUGCGCAGAAGGUAUGACUGGCCAAUUCGAUAAUUGCCUAUUCAGUUUACAUAUGCCUCAAAAACUGGGAAAGACAAAAGAAGAUGGAGAUCUGAUCAAAAGAAUGGCUCGAUUCCGAAUUGAUGGAUUACCAAUUGAACAUGCUCAGUACGCUACUGGACAUACGGGACCUAUGAGUUGGAUAACAUCAGGAAAACUAGAUGCUGUACUAGAUAUCAAGUUCCCUUUUCAUCCAGAUGAUGAAGUCGAUAUCAAAGCUAUUUUCGAUGAAAUUUCAAGAAACGUAGUCACUAUCACGCAUGGUGUACAUCCCGAAGAUCCUAAUGUAGCUAUCAAAGCCGCCAUUCAAGCUACCGAAACAUCAAACUCUAGUCGGAUAAUCCCUGGUCAAGCAAGAUUGGCUAGGCCACCUCUGAGAGCUCCGAAAACUUCUUACGAGAUAUCAGAAGAAGAAAGAGAGGAAAGAAGACAAGUCGUCGUUGAUAUAGAUCUGAGAUUCAGAGACCUCAAAGCAGCUGUACCGAUCUAUACAACAGAUCUGAGCGUCACGAAUAAUGCCUUGAUCAGACCUAUCGUCGCGUUCAUCAACGCCAAUAGGACUUUGGUUCCCAUUCAUUGUCAAGUAGCUGCCGAUCUUAAUGACUUCGACGGUUCAUGGACUUUGUUUGAAACUGGACUAAUGACCUCCUUAUCUGACCAAAUCUACGCUGCUCUCGCCCAUCAUGUAUCCUCAGAGGCAGCCAAUUCUAAGAGAAUCAGACAAGUCGGCUUUUGGGGCAUUCAACGAGGAGCUGAAGUGCUGGUGGAUACGUUGAGGAACGUGGUUGAUCCCGUUCACGCGCAGCUGGCUGCCGCUUGA